UGGUCCAGUAGUCGUUAUAGCGUGUGGUUUACAACAACUUGUCGCCGGUAAAAGUGACAAAGGAAAAAACAAGUUCUGCCCCGAUUUUUAGCUAGAUCUCGCGAGAGCACGGCGAAAGCCGGCUGGGCUUAAUUAAAUUAAUAUAAUUUCGAGGGAACGCCGCCGCACAGCGAUCUCGGGUGUGUGAGUGCCUCAAUUAAAUUCAAUAAAUCAUAAAUAAGUGAGUGCCAACGGAUCCUGUUUUAGUGGCGUGGCUCUCUGGCGCAAUUGUGAUUUAUUGGCCCCAGAGGAGCCGGGGUGAAUUCAAGUGAAAUUAGGGAAUUACGAAUGCGAAAACUUAAUUUUGAUGAGUUCCAAUGAAAGUUGCUGUUGAAUCGAAAAUGUUUCGCGUCAUAUUCCUCGCUCUCUUGGCUUUGCCCUCUCAAAUCGAAGCCUUCAAUUUUAUGCCAAAGCCGAGCAGGGUGAUAAACUCCCCGACGCAUCUGAAGUUCCACCUAAACCAAACGCGGAGCUCCUACUUUGGAUACACGCUCGUCAUCCGUGAAACCAGCAUUAUUGUGGGCGCUCCGCGAGCCCAAUCCACCUUGGAGUCGCAACGGAGCAUCAAUGAGACGGGGGCGAUCUACAGGUGCUCCUUGACAGAUAGCGUCUGCCGUCCAUAUGUCCUGGAUCCGCGCGGAAACGUGGAUGCACCCUUCAAUGAGUACACCUACGACUCGGAGCGCAAGGACUUCCAGUGGCUGGGCGGAUCCAUGGACGGUGGCACGAAGGAUUCGGAUAAGCUCCUCGUUUGUGCUCCCCGAUUCUAUGCGCCCAGCCCCCGGGAUUACCAUCUGCAUGGAGUCUGCUACUGGGUCAACAACACUGUGGCCAGCUCUCCGGAGCACGUGACCCGCAUCUCGCCACUCCGCCUGAAAACUGACCAGGUGAAGGAGGAUGAGAACGGCACCAAGGCCAGCUUCUUUUACAUAAUGGGCGAACUGGGCCUGAGUGCCCAUGUGGCGGAUGACAACUCCAAGUUCCUGAUCGGGGCCCCCGGCAUCAAUACGUGGAAGGGAUCGGUGAUUCUGUACCGUCAGGUGGAUCCCGUGGACAAUCCCACCGCCAGUAGACGUGACACGAGCAGGGCGCUCCGGCGAACCAUUCGGGAUGUGGACACCAAUGAGUAUACGCCCGAGCACUACGCACCCGAGAUCCCCCAGCCAUCGAAUUGGGGACAGGAGGAUGACUCGUACUUCGGCUACGCCGUGGCCUCCGGCUACUUCGAUAGCUCCAAUCCGAGCACCCUGCUCUUCGUGGCCACCGCCCCGCAGGCCAACAAGCAAUCGGGCGAGGCCUACAUCUUCGAUGUUCGCGGCAAGAACAUCCACAAGUACCACGUCUUCCGGGGCGAGCAGUUCGGCGAAUACUUCGGCUACUCCGUUCUGGCGGAAGAUCUCAAUGGCGAUGGUAGGACGGACGUCAUCAUAUCGGCACCGCAGCACGCUCUGGAGGAUUCCCACGAUAAUGGAGCCAUCUAUGUGUUUAUCAACAAGGGCUUUUUCAACUUUGAACGACAGAUUCUACGUUCGCCAGUGGAACACCAGGCGCGCUUUGGAACCACUCUAUCGCGUCUGGGAGACCUUAAUCAUGACGGCUACAACGAUGUUGCCGUGGGAGCUCCCUUCGCCGGAAACGGAUCCGUGUUCAUCUACCUGGGCAGCGAACAUGGAUUGCGGGAACAGCCGAGUCAGCGACUGGAUGCUCCUUCCCAGCAACCCUCCAAGUAUGGAGCCCACAUGUUCGGCCAUGGGUUAUCCCGCGGAUCGGACAUAGAUGGUAACGGAUUCAACGACUUUGCCAUCGGAGCCCCCAAUGCCGAGGCCCUGUAUCUGUAUAGGGCCUAUCCCGUCGUAAAGGUCCAUGCCACCGUGAAGUCGGAAUCGCGGGAGAUCAAGCCGGAGCAGGACAAGGUGAAGAUCACCGCCUGCUACAAACUGAGCACCACUUCCAAGGCAACGCUGGUGCAGGAGCAGGAACUGGCCAUCCGAAUCGCGAUCGACACUCAGCUGAAGCGGGUCAAGUUCGCCCAGACGCAGACCAAUGAGUUGGCCUUCAAGGCGAAUGCGAAUCUUGGCGAGCAGUGCCGCGUCUUCGAGGCCCAGGUGCGCUACAGCGAGAAGGAUAUAUUCACGCCCAUCGAUCUGGAGAUGCACUACGAACUGACCAAGAAGAUUCCCGACUCCGAGGAGUUUUGUGAUAGCUGUGCCGUUGUUGAUCCCAAAGAACCGAAAGUCUCCACGCAGAAGAUAAUCUUCAGCACGGGCUGUGCCACCGAUGUUUGCACCGCAGACCUGCAGUUGAGGAGCAAAAAUGUGAGCCCCACUUAUAUUUUGGGCAGUGCCGAUACGCUCCGUGUGAACUACGAGAUCACCAACGGUGGAGAGACCGCCUACCUGCCCCAAUUCAACGUGACCAGCACCUCCCGGUUGGCUUUCGCCCAGGUUCCUGGAAACUGCAAGGUCGCCGAGGCAGUCAUGGUGUGCGACCUAAACCGCGGACGACCUCUGGCCAAAGGUGACAGCGAUUCGGUGACCAUCAGCUUCGAUGUGAGCCAACUCAGCGGACAGUCGCUGAUCAUCCACGCAGAAGUAUUCAGCACGGGCUACGAGAAGAAUCCCACGGACAACAAACAGACCAAUGUGAUAAGUCUCAAGGAGUUCACCGAAAUCGAUGCCAGCGGUGGCCAGACAAACAACCAAAUCGAUUUGGAACACUACAGCAACUCGGCGGAAAUAAUCAACAACUACGAGAUCAAGAGCAAUGGGCCUAGUGUAAUCGAGCAGUUGACCGUUUCCUUCUAUAUACCCAUCGCCUAUAAGGUGGCUGGAUCUGCGGCCAUUAUACCCAUCAUCAAUGUGACCAGCCUGAAGAUGCAGGCCUCCUACGAUUCCCAGCUGCUGAGCGUGGAUCUCUACGAUCAGAACAACACCCUGCUGGUGGUGGAUCCCGUGGAGGUGGGUGUGACCACUCUUAGCGGAGGCCUGGAGCGAACUGUGAUCACCCAGACUCAUGGGCAGAGCUACGACAUCCACACCAGUGGACACGUGCACCAGACCAUGCAGGUGCUGGACUCCGACAUGGUGGCCACAGCCUCCAUGACCAGAAGGCGUCGCGAUCUCAAGGCCCUGACCGCCAAUCGUGAGCAAUAUGCUCGCAUCUCGAAUGUCAAGGCCCACGAUCUGCUGAGCGAGGACUUCAAGGGCAAGCUGCCGGUGAAUCGCACCAUUGUGUUCAAUUGUCGGGAUCCCCAAAUGACCAUCUGCGUGAGGGCCGAGAUGCAGGUUCACUUUAGGCCGGAGAAAUCGAUUAACCUGAACAUGCGGUACAGCGUGGAUCUGAACGAGGUGAAUGCCAUACUGAUGGAUCCCUGGGAGUACUUUGUCAUCCUGACCGACCUGAAGCUGUCCAAGAAAGGCGAUCCCACUUCCAGUUCGUUUUUGAUCAACCGCAGGAUCGAACCGAAUAUUAUAUCCAAGCAUCUGGAGGCCGGACUGCCCAUCUGGAUAAUAAUUGUGUCCGUAAUCGGCGGUCUGCUGCUGCUGUCUGCGAUAAGCUAUGCUCUAUACAAGUUUGGCUUCUUCAAUCGCACAAAGAAGGACGAGUUGGACAGGUUGGUGCAGCAGAAUCCCGUCGAGCCGGAGGCCGAGAACCUCAACAGUGGCGGCAAUAACUAACUUUGGCCGAGGUAAAUCCCAGCCACAGUACACAUCACAUUCAAAAUGGAUGGACCAGUUACCAAAUCCUAUUUUCAGUACGGGAAGACUACCCACUAAGUGUGUUCUUAUGCAUUUAAAAAUGGAGCUAAACACGAAAAACGAUUUACGAAAAAUCUACCUUAUAGGAUAUACGUGCAAAUUGUGAACCGCAAGCCAUUCAAUGCGUUUGUGGGUCUGAUUUUUAGGUUAAGUGCCUUGUAAUUUGUAGUUUACAACUAAUUUAUAGCCAUGUUGCCAUUUGUUGUAUAUAUUUAUUUUAAUUACCCGUAAUUGUAAUCAAUUUGUAAAGGUAGCUUUACAUGGCGACGUAAAAGACUUUAUUAAUGUGUAAAUUGUAAAAACGAAACUAGGUUAUUUUAAGCGAUAACAGCUUGUUUAGAACCUAUUCUUGUAUUAUACUAGAGUAUUAAAAUGAUGAAUAAUAAAUUCAAAGUAAAAACAA